AUGGUGGACGCGUCGCCGACGGGCGACGGGGGUGAUCGUGAGCCCGGCGCGCGGGCGCGGACGAACGCGGAGACGUUCGAGCUCUGGGUGACGGAAAGGGACGGGAAGGCGUUGGACGCGGCGGGGGGGGUGGCGACGGUCGCCGCGAGCCUUGGAUGCGAUCUGAAGAAAGGGUUGACGAACGGCGCGUGGACGGCGGCGGAACGGAUUUCGACGUACGGGAAGAAUGAGUUCGAGUAUCCGCCGCCGAAGUCGUUCUUGGAGCUGUGUCAGGAUGCGCUCGGGGAUCUCACGGUGAGAAUUCUGAUCAUGGCGAGCGUGGUGUCGCUCGGCGUCGGAGCCGGGAUGAAGUCGCAUCGGGAGGAGUACGGCUACCUCGAGGGGAUCGCGAUCGUCCUCGUGGUUUUUGUCGUCGUCUUCUUGCAGGCUGGGAUCGAUUACGCCAAGGAGAUGAAGUUUCGUCAGUUGAACUCCAUCAAGGAUAACUAUCAGGUGAAGGUGAUUCGCGACGGCGAGGUCGUCGCCGUCACCGCGGGUGAGGUCGUCGUCGGCGAUUUGGUCGAGCUCGUGGCCGGGGACAAGGUUCCCGCCGACGCUUUGUUCGUCGAGGGAUCAAAGUUCAAGGCGAACGAAGCCGCGAUGACCGGUGAACCGAUCGACAUCGCUAAGACGCGCGAGAAGGACCCCUGGGUGCUCUCGGGUACGUCCAUCUCCGAAGGGUCUGGCAAGGUUGUCAUCAUCGCGGUCGGUUCGCGCUCGCAGUGGGGGGUCAUUUUAAAGACUCUCAUCGUCGAGCCAAGCGAUACGCCGCUGCAGGAGCGUCUCGAACGUCUCGUAUUGCUCAUCGGUAACUUUGGCAUCGGCGCUGCGGUCCUGACGUUCCUCGCGAGCAUGAUCCGUUGGAUCGUCGAGGGUGCGCAAGGUAAGGGAUGGGACGGCACUGAAGUGCUCAACUUCCUCAUCAACGCAGUUACGAUCGUCGUCGUCGCCAUUCCUGAGGGUUUGCCGCUCGCGAUCACACUCGGCUUGGCGUUUGCGAUGCGGAAAAUGAUGAGUGACCAAAAUCUCGUGCGACGUCUUGAGGCGUGUGAGACGAUGGGAAGCGCGACUCAACUCAACGCGGACAAAACUGGCACGUUGACGCAGAACAGGAUGACGGUCACUUCGUGCUGGAUCGACGGCAAGUCGUACGAUGACAUGCCUCCCACUGUGGGUAAGGAUUUCGCCGAAAGGCUUUGCGAGUCCAUGGCGGUCAACUCCGACGCAAACUUGCACAAGAAGGAAAACGGAGCGAUCGAGCAUCUCGGCAGUAAAACUGAGUGUGCGUUGCUUCAGCUCGUCGAACAGUUGCAACCGCCGAGCGGUGACGACAAGUACAGAUAUGUGGAGAUUCGGGAAGCGCGGCCUGUCGCGCAGCUGUACCACUUCACCUCGGCUCGCAAACGCAUGUCGACCGCCAUCGCCAACGGUUCGGGCACUCGACUUCACGUUAAGGGUGCGUCCGAAAUUGUCGUCAAGCUGUGUACCAAAAUCAUGAGCGCCGAUGGCAAAGUCUCCGGUCUCUCCAGCCCUGUUCUCAAGCAGGCGGAGGCCGCCAUCGAGGCGUUCGCGCGAAAAGGGUUGCGGACGUUAUGCAUCGCUUACAACGACCUCUCGAAGGCGCCUUCCGCUCUUGGUGAUAACCCACCAGAGAGCGACCUCAUCUUGCUCGGUAUCAUGGGCAUCAAGGACCCCAUUCGCCCGGAAACGGCUGAGGCGGUUCGUUUGCUCCGUGGUGCUGGCGUGACAGUUCGCAUGGUCACCGGCGACAAUGCCAUCACCGCUGAGGCGAUCGCGCGUGAGGCGGGUAUCCUGGAGGAAGGUGACGAUGGCUUAGUCCUCGAAGGUCCGGACUUCCGCAAGAUGUCGGACGCCGAAAAGGAGUCGAUUGCCAUGCGCAUUCGUGUCCUCGCGCGCUCUUCUCCUUCAGACAAACUGGUGUUGUGCAACCUGCAAAGGAAACUCGGUGAAGUCGUGGCUGUGACCGGCGACGGCACAAACGAUGCUCCGGCACUGAAGGAUGCGGAUGUCGGCUUCGCCCUCGGUAUCGCUGGCACCGAAAUUGCCAAGGAGGCGUGCGAUAUUGUCAUUCUUGAUGACAACAUCAAAUCCAUGGCCAAGGCGGUUUUGUGGGGACGCAACGUGUAUCAAUCCAUCCGCAAGUUUUUGCAGUUCCAGCUUGUGGUGAACGUCGUCGCUGUCUCGUUGAACUUGAUCGCCGCGAUUGCCGGUAUCAAGGAGCUCCCGCUUGCUGCGGUUCCGUUGCUUUGGGUAAACAUGAUUAUGGAUUCCAUGGGCGCGCUAGCGCUUGCCACGGAGCCACCGUCCGCGCAUCUCAUGAAGAAGAAGCCCUUCGGCAGGUCUGCGCCGCUCAUCAACAAACCAAUGUGGCGUAAUAUCAUCGGUGUCGCUAUCUAUCAGCUGAUCGUUUGUAUGGUUUUCAUGUUCAACGGAGAGAAGUUGUUAGAUAUCAAGUGCCCGUGGGUGGAGGCGACAGCAACCAAGGCAGCUCAUGAAGACUGCCACGCUCGCACGUUGGAGUUGAACGGUUUCAUCUUCAACACCUUUGUCUUCAUGCAAAUUUUCUCCGAGAUCAACUCUCGUCGUAUCAGUGACCUGAAUGUGUUCCAUGAAAUCGAGAAGUCGCACAUCUUCUGCGGCAUUAUUCUCGCGACGGCGGGCAUUCAAGUGCUCUUCAUCGAAGCCGUUGGCAGCACCGUCGUUGGCCCGGCGAUCGGCUUUGUCGCUCAGAACGCGAAGGAGUGGAUCACAUCUAUUAUUCUUGGCAUCCUUAUCCUUCCGGUUGGUUUUCUCACAAGACUAAUGCCUCUGGAGUGGUUCCCAGGUAUGACGGAUGAAGAGAGCGGUGAGAAGGCCGCCCAAGACGCUCAGAAGCGCGUCGCGGAGGCCGAGGCGAAGCACGCCGCAGACAAUGCGACCUCCGUGUCCGUCGGUGCCUCUAGUCCCGAUCGUCCAGCUUCUACUCGCGGUUUAGCUGGCGUCGGUGAGGCCAUCAUCAGCUCUCGCUUGCAGGCCCGCCAAAGCCGUCUGUCCGACGCCUCCGAUGCGUCGCUGUUGGAGCGACAACCGAAAUCUUUCAAGGUUUUCGCCCACGCCGUCAUCGCCGCCAACCGUUUCAAGAAAGCUUAG